CCGUCUCCGCUGCAUAAUUUCCGAUCAACCGCUUCUUCUUCCUCCUCUUCCGUUCGUCUUCUUCCUCCUCCAUCAGUGCCUUUUUUCCCUCUCUCUCGAAGCUUUUCAGGUCAGUCGAGCUCGAAGCGCUCUCGAGUAUAGAGAGAGAAGAGAGAGAAGAGAGAGAAGGAGAGUUUGUGCAUUAUAAUAUCGCCUUUUGCAUCAUGUGAGAAAGAGAGAGAGAGAGAGAGAGAGUGUGGAGUGAAGAGCAAGAAGAGAGAGGAGAGAGAGAGAGAGUGGGGGAAAGCCGGUGAAGAGAGAAGAAGCACACGACGCGCACGGGCCCGUCUUCGGCGGCGGCGGCGGCGGCGGCGGCGGCGGUUUUCUCUCGCUCCUGCCAACCGGCACGAGCCGCAUUGAUCCUUCCGUUCCAGCCGCGGAGUCGUCGAGGGAGGAGGAGAAGCAGAAGAAGAAGAAGAAGAAGAAGAAGAAGCAGAGUCGGUUGUGGACUUAGCAUUUCGGCGCGUGGAGAGGGACCGCCGUUCUCGGUGGAUGACUUGCUUCGCGAGGCUGCGAGCGGUCGUGUGUUUCUGCAGAUUGGGAAAUCCCGAGCUAUGAGUUCGUCUGCUAAUGCUGCGGAGACAUAACCUUUAGAUCCGGAGAGUGGCGCGCCGUUCCGGUGUUGGAAUCGUGAUGGUGUGAGGAAGAUUUUUUUCGACCGGAUUGGUUCGUUCGGAGCGUGGUCGCGUCAGCUACUGAUCUCGGAAGUCGUUAGGUUGUCGGUAAGCCGAUGGCGACGGAGUCUCGGAUGGAUCAAUACGAGAUCAUGGAGCAGAUCGGUCGCGGUGCUUUUGGCGCCGCCAUUCUCGUCCUUCACAAGGCCGAGAAGAAGAAAUAUGUGUUGAAGAAGAUCAGGCUCGCGCGGCAAACGGAGCGAUGCAGGAGAUCCGCUCAUCAGGAGAUGGCUUUAAUUGCGCGUCUUCAGCAUCCUUACAUAGUGGAGUUCAAGGAAGCAUGGGUCGAGAAAGGUUGCUAUGUUUGCAUCGUUACCGGUUACUGCGAAGGUGGAGACAUGGCUGAGUUGAUGAAAAAGUCCAACGGGGUACAUUUUCCAGAGGAGAAACUGUGCAAGUGGUUUGCCCAAUUACUGCUCGCGGUUGAGUACUUGCACUCAAAUUUUGUGCUCCAUCGGGAUCUAAAAUGUUCGAACAUCUUUCUUACCAAAGAUCAGGAUGUUCGCCUAGGGGAUUUUGGGCUUGCUAAAACCCUGAAGGCAGAUGACUUGGCUUCAUCGGUUGUGGGAACACCCAAUUACAUGUGCCCAGAACUACUUGCAGAUAUACCUUAUGGCUUCAAGUCAGAUAUAUGGUCUCUAGGUUGUUGCAUGUAUGAGAUGGCUGCUCGUCGACCUGCAUUUAAGGCCUUUGAUAUGGCUGGUCUAAUUAGCAAGAUAAACCGUUCCUCUAUCGGUCCCUUGCCUACAUGUUAUUCCCCAUCUUUAAAAGUGCUUAUCAAGGGAAUGCUGAGAAAGAAUCCCGAGCAUCGACCAAGUGCAUCUGAGGUCCUGAAGCAUCCUUAUUUGCAACCUUAUGUUGAUCAGUACCGUCCAUCCUUCACUCCAACCACAUGUAUCCCAGAAAAGCCCAUAAAAACUCCCAGUUCUCGGAGAAGUAUGGCUGAGAGCCAAAAUAGUAACAGCUCUUGCAGUGAUAAAGACAGCUUGCUUUCCAGUGAGAAAAAUUCAUCCGAUGUUCUCAAUGGCAAUAACAGAGCCACCGAUACCGAUUUGGCUUCAUUUGAUGAUGAAGAUUGUUCCGAGCAGUCCCUAUCAAAUGAAGCACAAAAUGGACCCGUUACCAAGAAGGAAGAGCAAGAGAUAGUGAAACCCUCACAUGAAGUGCAGGUAUCAAGUGCUGAACAGAAGCAACCAAGAACUAUUAAGAGUAUAAUGAUGGCUUUAAAAGAAGGGAAAGUGCGAGAAAAUGGUUCCCCAAUGAGAGGCAGCCGAGUGAAGGCUGGACCUACAUCUAACCAAAGAAAUAAUAGAGAAGUAUCGCCAAAGAUUCCUAAACCCAGUCCUGUUCCUGCUAUCAAGCAUAAUACAGAAGCUUCAGCUGCAACGCCUGCAAAGGCAGACAAUGAGCCACAAAAGAAGGUUGAAAGAACGCUUUCGCUGAAGCAUCAGUUACCUGUAGUUGAUUUUUCACCCAAGACAAAACCGAGGCAUGAGGUGGUCCCUCCUUCCGGUGCCAUAAGACAGGCUACUGAUGAUCCUUUUUUGGCAAGAGCCAGGCAGAAAACGCCUCCCUCAAAUCAGGUCAAAAGAUCUUCAAUUCCUGGGCAAGCCAGGCAAAUGGGGGUCAAUACUCCUAAUACCGUGGGCAAUUCAGUGAAGCUAGGUUCAAGUGAUCAGAUGCAUGAGCCUGAAAAGGUUACUCAAGUUCCCAAUGGUGUUGUUUCCCAUCUCAGUAGGCAGACCAAAGGAGAGCUCCCAAAGGUAGAAGCUUCCAGAGGGAUGCAAACUGCUAGUAGCAAUUCUGAGUCUUCUUCUUUCUCCAUUCAAGGAUUUGAGGUUUGUGAUGAUGCUACAACUUCUUCCUUUGUCAUGGUGGAACAUGUACAGCGGCCACAGCCUGUCAAUGACAGAGAUGCAUACACUGAAAUUGUGAUGUCUUGUGCGAGUGUGCCUGUAUCUCGUGUACAUUGUGAGAAUCAUGAUGAGGAGGCCACUGGAAGCCGCAGACGUGACGGCAGUUUUCUAACAGAUUCCAGGAAAAUCUCUGAAACUGGAGGUGAACUUCAUACAGUGAUUGCUGAUAGUGACAAAGUGAUUAAAAAUUCUCCGCAAAAUAGCUGUGAAGAAAUAUUUGUUUGCAAAGGUGAUGGCCCUCUAUGCAGGCCUAGUAUUGCACCCAAUAAAGUCUCCCAGUCAAUUCCUGCAUCUCCUUCAAGUGGUGAUGAGAAAUAUAUGGUGCAAGAGCUUCUGUCGUCACUAGCCGAAACUACUUCUUCCAGUACAUCUCCUGUAUCAUCUAGCCAAAAGAAUUUGCAGCCUGAUAAAGGGAUGAUUCUGCACCAUCCGACAAUAGAAAAGCCAGGCACCCCUCAUCUUCAUUCGGCUUACGAUGAUGUCAUACAUGUUAUAAGGCACAGUAGUUUCCGAGUCGGCAGUGAGCAGCCUGUUAUGGAAACUGUGGAGAUGGGUGUCCAAAAUGUUAAUGUUGGGAAGCUGAUAAAUGUCGUCAGUGAUGACAUGGAAAUGAGAAACAUGGCUACUCCUAUGACUAUGAGAACUUCUAGUGGCUCCGAAGCAGUGUCAUAUCAGUCAAAUGACUCCGAUCAUUCUGCUGUAAAAGAAAUUGAUGUCGCAAACACUGUUUCGGCCGGAUUGAUAUCCGAUUCUGUUCCAAAAACCGAUCCAUUGCCAUCAGCAAAACUCAACUCCCCUGGGAAUGAAGAGGAAGUACCGGCAAAGGAGACAUUGGAUGUUAAGUCCUUCAGGCAGAGGGCUGAUGCACUAGAAGGGCUUCUUGAAUUGUCAGCGGAAUUGCUGCAGCACAACAGAUUAGAAGAGCUUGCAGUUGUAUUGAAGCCCUUUGGGAAAGAUAAGGUUUCCCCAAGAGAAACAGCUAUCUGGCUAGCCAAGAGUCUACAAGGCAUGAAGAUAGAGGACGGUGGACGAAGUUCGUGAAGCAGCAAAUUGUGGUAAGCAUGCUCCUAUCGUAAUUAUGGGUGUCGGCCUAGUAAUUCAUUGAUUUUUAUUGUGCAUUUGUACAUUCAAGAUCCCUUGAAUAUUUGAGAAACCACUCCUUAUCUAUUUCCUUUUUUCUUAUUCGUCCUUUUUCAUUAGAUGCAUAACCUUUUUGUACAUAGUGACCAAUAUAGAUGAGAAAGAUUGAAUUCCAGCA